UGCGAGAACCAUGACCUACCACAAUCGAUUCUCGUGUAACCCCCUCUGGUGAGCCCGUUGAUUGCCAGUUUACAAACUUUAAAGCAGUUCUGUAAUGUCAUGUGAAUUCAACUAAUUGCAGAAAAACUGUCUUUUGAGCAGACGUCACAGGAUAAUUAAAGAUACAUGAUACGCGCUCCAGAUUCGAGCAGUUGGCGGUCAGGAAGAAAACUGUUGUGCAGGUCAGGGUUCGGCACAUCAGUGCAGUGUGAUGUGUGUCUGGCACGCGCUCGUCAGUAAUAAGGGUACACUCGCCCUUGCCGCUCGCCCGCGCCUGCGGUUCGCCUCGACAAAAUGGUCUGUGUGCUGUGAACUUAGCAAAGUGGUUUAGGUCUCGCUGCGGUGUUCAACGGAGGGAAAUUACUUGACGCGGUGCACAGGAGCCAGGUGACUGCACAUUCGAAGUACAAGACUGGCAGCUGACGCGGCCAGAUGCCCGGCAGAGAGUUCUGGAGAUUCCCCUUCGGCCGCCGGUUUCACGGACGCUGAGCGCCGACUGACAUGGCUGUGGGAACUGAAUUCAUCAUGCUGACGGGUGCAAAUGAUUCAUGGCAUCACACAAGGAAACAAUGAAUUUUAAACGAAAUGUUUGUGUUCAACAAUAUCUAGUCAACACCAGGGAUCUUGCAGGAUAAGCGAAUUUAAACCUGUUCUGCCUCACUUUCCUCGGACUGCGUCGUCGCAGAGAUUAUCACGGGUAGUCAUUUCUGAGGCAAUUUCAUUUCUAAAGGAAGAAUGUUGUGACAUAGGAUUAGCAAUUCGUGAGAUCAAAGUUAAUAACCAAGACAAUAAAAGUGUAACCGGCCUUCCUUCCAAAAAAGGAAUCAGGAUUUCCAUUAGACUGACUAUGCUGGCGUGGUUAGAGGGGUACUGCGACUCCACUCACGGCCAGGAAUCCAGCGCCAACUACCCCCGAACUGUCUCCAUGGUUUCCCCCGCGAUUCUGCACUCGAAUGAGAACCUCCCGCGGCGAGCCAAUCCGGUGCUGCUGGGAGGACACGCCUUCAAGAGAGUGCAGCGAAAGAGCGAAAGCGAAGGGCACACGACCGCUGCCGGUCCUCACGUGGACGAAACCAUCGUUAGGCACACGAAAGCGUAUGGAGUCGAUAGGUAUCCAGACCAAAGCCGCCUCGGCCAGUUACACAUCUACCCAUUUAAUCAUGCAGCCAACCAGUGUCAUUAUAGCAAUCAAAGUUCCGAUAUGAUAGGUCUCUCUAGUCCAGCCCAUUUGCUCAAUAACACCAACCCUAUGAUUCUCACUCAACAAGUACAUAACUACUAUGGUUACGGGAACUCACCGACUAUCAAUGGAUGUUCCGUAGAGGGAUUUUACUACUCAGAUCUCAGUAGCGCUUAUGGCAAAUGCCACAUCAUUCCUGGAAAGCCGAAAGGCCAAAUACCCCCUGCUUACUGUGAAAGCAAAGUCAAGGGGGAGUGUCACGAACCCGUCCGUCCGUAUCCAUUGUGGAAACCAUUCCGUCCCAGCAAAAACCCAGCCUCACCCAGUCCGACGAACCAAGAUUCACAAAGUAUCAGUCAUGUCAGUCGAAGGAAGGGCUCAACCAUUUCAAGAGAAGACCAAAAUGUGAUGGAUUUGGUGGGAGCCAUGAAAGCCUCCUUUCGGCAGGACCGACGGAGAGGUCCGGUGUAUGAUCGCCCCUUAAAGAUUUUGACUGACAAGGAGCUGAAAACUGUUCUCAAGCCCAAUGAUUACGACGAGCUCAUGGGUCUCAUCAAGCUGAACCUUAGCACCUUAACCUCAAAUCUUCACCAGCAUGUAGGCAUGGAUACAAUCGAAGGACUAGGGAAACUAUACAGCCUAUUUGUAGAACGCAGGACUCACUUUUUUACGAAGAUACCGUUCUUUAAGCAUUUAUGUUUGAGUGACAAGCCUCGUCUCUUGCGUCUAGCUGUAGCGAUCAGCACCCACAUCUCAGCUGCACAACAUAUAGACACGAGCACGUACACAUGGCCGCGUAAUGACACAAGCCAUGCAAGCUCCUGCUUACCAAUUCUCUCGGCGUCAACGCUUCGCCAGAUCGUAACGCACGAGCAUUUUUUGACGAUUAUGAAGUUUUAUACAAAUUACUGCCACAUCUACGCCGACCCUAACGUGUCACUGAUGACGGAAGUGCUCUCCUUGUUCUACGACGAGCCAGGAUUGAGUGACCCGAGAUCAGCCUCCUCGGCCCGCAGUCACUACCUCGCCUUGUUGUCGCGCUACCUAAUAGCUGUGCAUGGAUGGCAGCGUGGUUCCGACAUUCUAAAAGUCAUAAUCAGGAGCCAGCGAGAAGCACGGCAACUAACAGAAAUACACCAGUACGUAGAAUUCCGUGCACAGUCGCCGCGACAAAGCCUCACAGACGUUACCAACUCCCUUGCCGAAAACUUCGUUAAAAUGCGCGUAUCCGUCCAAGACACUAUAAGCAAACACAUAGCCCAGCAGCAACAGGAGCAGAGGCCCCCCAGCCCCACUCUUUGUGCCCAAGACCCCCAGCCUUCCGAACGCCAGGGCAACGAAGCGGCCGUCUUCAGCAGCCUCUUAUCAAGACUGGCUACCUGCGACGAUCCCGAAGUCCUAGCCGCUGCGAAACACCUCCUCCCGACUAGCCUGCUUCUGCGAUUCUUACAUCUGUUAGAAUAGUUGUCCCGCGAGCGUCUUUCAGAAAGGGCGACAGUGCCACGUCCGCCGGAGACGCCGAAGGCACUCCAGUGUAUACGGGCGAAUGAGCAACGCCAUUAAAGCCAAAGUUACAGUCUUAAUUUUUUUGCGUGAGUCACCGUGAAGCUGCUUUUGUAUCAGUGGAUAAAAAGAGGAAAAGAACUAGAAGUAAAAUAUGCACACACACACAACACAUACAUGCACACACACACACAUAUAUGUAUAUAUUUAUUCAUUUUCUAUUAU